AUGUCCUCCGAAUCCCAACCCAUCUCCCCUCUCGCCUUCGCCGAAGCCAUCAAAGAACUCCCCCUCUCCUCUCUCUAUGCCAAAGUUUCCGAGCUUCGCAACUCAAUAUCCCACCUCACACGGUCCAAUGAAGAGCUAAGAACAUAUAUAAUCGAGUCUGAAGAAGGUCCCGAUUCGCCAGACAACAAGGAGCUGGAGGCAUAUGUGGUUGAGAAUGAGGAGGUUAUGCAGGCCAUGGCGGAGAGGAUAAGAUUACUAAAAGUUGAGGUGGAAGGCAGGGGGCAGCGGUGGAUGGAAGAGGUUUUGGAGGAUGGUGAGGAGGAUGGUGAGGAGGAUGGUGAGGAGGAUGGUGAGGAGGAAGGUGUUGAUGGGGAGAGAAUACAGGGCGAGGAAGAUUCUCAGUCAACGCCCCUAGUGAAUGGCAUUUCAUCGCAUGAAUCGAAUGGGGUUGCUGAUAGUCGUGAUGAGCGGCGUGUUAAUGGGCUGACGAACCCUUCAAAUGGGCAAAUUGGUGACGAGGAGCGGCGGGCUGACAGCGAUGACGAUGAAGGCAUUUACUUGUGA